CCGACCUCCUCCCCCGUUACGUUGGCGAACGAAAAGAAACACCUAACCGCGUCUCCCCCUCUCCGUUCCACGCGACCGACCUGCCCCCCCUCCAAUCGUGAGGGCCAUGCCGUCCAGUGACAUCGUCGACAACAUUGUCGUACAUGAUGAAGAUCAGCCGCCACCCAAAAAGCCAAAGCGCUUCCAAUGCAUUCGCUGCCAGAGAUUCUUCGGCCGCCUUGAACAUCUGCAGCGGCACGAGAGGACCCACACGCAGGAAAGACCAUUCGCUUGUGGUCGAUGCAAAUCUCGAUUCACCAGAAGUGACCUGUUGAUCCGCCAUGAACGACUCACACACAACAGAGAAGGGGGAGAGCCUCAGCCCCCGCAGGCUACCACUCGCCCCCCUGAUCUGGACCAUUCUCGGCUCUCACGGAAGGCGACCAGGCGACCAGGAAUCUCCUCUAGCGGUGUCAAUGACUGGCAGAAUCAUGGAGCACCGCUGCCAUCACCUUCGUCAGCUCCAGCAACAGGGGGCAAUUCUAGGAGUCCGUUUAAUGUUGACUUACGGACACACCCUCAUCUCAUGGGCGAGUCUUCGGGUGGGCAAAUGCCAUCAGCCCAGGAUUACGAGUCUCCUCUGGCAACCCUUUCAUUGGCUGCAGAACAGACGGCUUUCCAAGAUGCUUUGGCUGCAUCGUCCUCAGCAGCCUACGCUGCACCUACUGGAAUUCCUGCGGAACCUUUUGCCGAGGGUGUCACGCAACCAGAAACCAUGCCCCCGUCCAUGAACAUGGACAUCGGGGGUCCAAGGCUCCCUCUGGAACAUGGCGACUUGGACGAAUCUUUUGACAGCUUCGCCGCGUUCCUCGAGACUGGACCGUUGGCAUCCUACCAUUUCACAUCUAUGGUAACCACGGAACAGCCCAUGCCAUUUUUCUCAUUCGAUUCCUUCAUAAACUCGGGCGAGAUGUGCAAUAACGCCAACGAGGAAAGCCACGACAACUUCGGUCACGGACAAGGUACACUGGAGGAGCCGAAUUCCUUCUCCAGAUUUGGCUCAAGACUGCCGUCUCUCCAGCCAGACGAAGAGACUUCCGACCCGAACAACAGCAAUCACCACCACCACCACCACCAUCAGCACCCUGAAAUGCACCGUCAACGGACGGACACCAGAAGAAUAUUCGAUAUAUCCUACGAAGACAGGCAGUUUAUGCUGCACAUGAUUUCCCAAUUCGAUAGCGUUCCUCUGCACUUUCAGAUCCCCACGAGGCUGUCUCUUUCACGUUACAUCCGUGCAUAUGUUGAUGGCUUUCACGAGCACCUUCCGUUCCUCCACAUCCCGUCCAUGUCCGUCAGGGAAUGUUCGGUCGAGCUUCUCCUCGCCAUGGCCGCUGUCGGUGCACAGUACUGUUUUGAGGCAGAACAGGGUGUGGAGCUCUUCCAUGCGGCUAGGGCUAUUGCAAGUGAACGCAUAAGGAAAAGAGAUGCAAGAGUUGCAUCGGCUCAGCGAGACAACGAGCCAGAUCACUCGGUCUACUCCGCAAGAUCUGCCAUGAGUAGCCCUGCCGUGCUUGAUCGACUCGCUUCGAGCCCCGGACAUACGGUCAACGGACCACUCGGGCUUCCAUCAGAGCCCGAUACCUCGACGGUGAGCUUCUCACCAAAGGAGGAUCUGAUGCAAUCGGCCCAGGCGCUUCUGCUUCUAAUGGCCAUGGCUACCUGGGCCAAGCAUAAGGAGAUUCUCCGGGAAGCACUUGCGAUACAGAGCAUCCUUGCAAGCAUUGUUCGAGACGACGGUCUGCGUUCGGACCACCCUUCACACGAAUCCCCCGGCGGCUGGGAAGAGUGGGCGCGGUGUGAAUCUGUGAUGAGGACGAAAUACAUCGUCUUUUGCUUCUUCAACCUCCACUGCAUUGUGUACGACAUACCGCCGCUCAUUCUCAACUCGGAGGUCAAGAUGCGGCUCCCUUGCAGUGCUGCCGAGUUCAAGGCAGACACCGAGGCCAAAUGGCAAGAGGCGAGGCGCAGAGCUGGCGAACCCUCGCAAUUCCAAGAUACCUUGCGAUGGUUGUUCUCGAGCAGUGGCAAAGACAUGACCAAGUGGCAUUCGUCACUUGCAAACUAUGUCCUGAUCCACGCCAUUAUUCAGCACAUCUUCUUUGUCCGGCAAACGGCGAGGUGUCGCUUCGAUUCGUCCGAGCUGGCGGCCGAGGAUGUCGCGCCACUCGAACAGGCCCUGCGAAACUGGCAGUCAGGCUGGAAGCGCAACCCGGAAUCAUCCCUUGAUCCCACAAACCCCAACGGCCCCGUGGCCUUCAACUCGACGGCCCUCCUUCGCCUGGCUUACAUCCGGCUCAACCUGGACACCGGCCCGGGGCGGGCACUUGGCACGCGCGAUCCCCUGCAGAUCGCCAAUGCGCUGCGAGACACGCCGACGAUCAAGCGGACUCCGAAGCUGGUGCGUGCACUCCUCCACUCGGCCCACGCGCUGAGCAUCCCGGUCAAGAUGGGGAUUCGGCUCGUGGCCAAGACGCAGACCUUUGUCUGGUCGAUCCAGCACUCGCUGUGCUCGCUGGAGUGCGCCUUGCUCCUCAGUAAAUGGCUCGAGGCCGUAUCGGUGUCGGGACCAAAUGCCGAUCCUCCCAUCGGUGGAGACGAGAUGAAGAUCUUGUCACUCGUCAAGGCAGUGCUGGACGAGACGGAAUUCGCGGUCCCGCCCGAGAAGACACUAGACCUCCCGGAGAUGGCCAGGUACCUCAAUGCAGGGGUGUUGAGGGUGUGGGCAACCAUCUUCAGAGGGGCUCAGACAUGGGCGAUAGUCGAUGUGAUUGGGAGUUCUUUGAACAUUUACGCGGACAUGUUGGAAGCUACCUAAAUGCCGAUGCUGCUACUC